UCGAGCGCUGCACAACGAUUAAUCACGCCUGCUUGUUUACAAAUUCCCUGUUGACAUUAAAGCGAAUCGAUCGUGGCAGUCGUAGCUGGAAAGCUCCGAUUUUUUGGGGUUAAUUUACCUUUCAUUUAACGGGCUAAGCAUUUCCACGCAACGCAUCUGUUUUGAUUUCGCCCCCUUUCAAUUUAGCCGUCUAUGCUAACGAGCUAGCUAAGAUCUCCAUAGGGAACAAUGACAGCGACUUGCGCCGACAGUGGCGGAGGUCUGACCGCUAAAGGACUGGACAUCAGCCUGGCCGCUUUGCAAAGACACGAUCCCUACAUUAACCACAUCGUGGAUGUGGCCAGCCAGGUGGCCCUGUACACGUACAACAACAGAACCAAUGAGUGGGAAAAGACUGAAGUGGAAGGGACUCUGUUCAUCUACACGAGGCUGGCCUCGCCCACACAUGGCUUCACCAUCAUGAACAGACUCAGGAUGGAGAACCUGACGGAGCCCAUUACCAAAGACCUGGACUUCCAGCUGCAGGACCCCUUCCUGCUCUACCGCAACGCACGGCUGGUCAUCCAUGGCAUUUGGUUCUACGACAAGGCUGACUGCCAGCGCAUCGCCAUGAGGAUGAAAAUACUGACCCAGCAGAAGCAAGUGGUGGUGCAAGGUGGUUGGCUGCCCCCUAGUGGAAGUGCAGGUGGUGUGCAGGAUGAAGAGCAGGUGGUGGACAUCAUCCAGAUGCUGACUAAAGCUCACAGCCAGUAUGACAAGGGGAAAUCGACUUGCGAGCCAAAGGAAAUUGGCGGCAGCGGUGUUCUGUUCGGGAAGCCCAACCUCAUCAAACCCAUCCCCGUCAAGCCAACCACUCCGGACAACAAUGCGAGCGAGUCCAAGUCGCUCUCUCUGGCUACCUUAUUUGGCUCUCAGCCUCAACACUCGCCCAAACUUGACUCCGCCUCUCCAUCCUCCGCACCAGUAACCACAAAAGCCUCUCGCCCUCCCGUCGCACGCACCCUCACCUACGAAACUUCGGCGGCCAAGGAAGUCACUCGGGAGGAAAACGCCCCGUCCCAUCAUCCCCAUCAGCACUGCCCGGCCAUUUUGAAGCUCAUGCAGGGGCAGAGGGAGGCUCCCAGCGGGGUCCUUCAGACGCUGUCUGAGUCGCCCGAAAACCGGCUGUGCGACAACGGCGUUCCGCUGGAUCGCCAUCAGCACCAGCACGUUUGCCACCAUCAGAUGCACCAUCACCACCAACUCGAUCCAAUCAAGAGACUCUUCCAAAACGCCGCUGCCCCUUGUUGUGCAGCGCCGUGUUCGCACACAGGUGUUCCUCCGCACAUCCCGGGUGCGCUUUCCCCCCACGAGCUGGUCCACAAGCUACAGCUGGUCCAGCAGCAGCAAAGCCAGGCCCCGCCGGAAGCGCCGCGCCUCGGCCCCACGCUGGCCCCUCGCUUCCAGGGCCCUUCCAGCGUGGCCACGGCGGCCCCGAAGUUGCAGGGGCCUUCUCCGCAGAUAAUCCCAGCCACCGUGGCCCCGACGUUGCUCCUCUCCCCCAGCGUCUUCUCUCAGGUGAAAUCGGAUGUGGCGUCACCAGCCGCUGCCACCGCGCAAGACCCCUACCCAUCCGCCUCCUCCAGUUACACGCCUCAGAAGGAAACCAGAGUUCUGUCUAGAAACCAGCUCCAGGCAGUCUUAUUGCACCUGAUCCAGACUGACAACUCCUUCCUGGACACCAUCUAUGAGGCCUACGUUGGGAAUUUUUGCUCACGGCCAUGACGCUUUUUGGGACUUGAUCUGGAUACCACCAAAAAUUCAAACAAUGGCGGCUUUUUUUUUAUUUUAAUAAAGCACACAAAGGAUGGGGGUGAAAUAUGAAAAAAAAUUAAAGUUGACCCUCUGAAGAAGGAAAGAUGCCUAAAGUUGAUUUGAUGUAGCAUUUUAUUGUUUGGAAUAUUACACUGAAAUUGUACAAUUGGCACAUAAGAAAAAAAGAAUUUUCUGUAGGAAUAUUUGAUUAUUCCAUCUACACGUGUUUCAUAGUAAUAUGUCAUUACAAUUGUUUAUUUUUGUCUGGAAGUUUUCAUAAGAUAUCUCGACAAAACUGCACUACCUCGCAGAGAGCCAUGUUUCCUUUGAAUUGAGUUUAAAUUUGAAUAUUACUUCUGUUAUGAUGCAAUUGCACAGAAAUAAGCAAUAACUUGACAGCAUCGCAAGAUGCAUCCAUUUACAGUAAUUAUAAUUUAAAAGAGGGGAAAAAAACGUAUUUUUAUAUUUGCAGUUAACCAGCAUGCACCAUUAAAUUGGGAGAGGCAUUUAAAUGCAACCUUUAAAAUGUUCUUUAUUACAGUUGAAUGUUUAGUCAGUGGUAAUAACAUCUGGCAGUUGAAUGUUCAUUUUCGGGUUUUUUUCACGUGGUUUGUCGGGUAUGUUGGUUUGUAGCGGGAGUAUAUUGGAUAUUAAAUUUAAUUUUUUUUAAAA